AUGACCACCUCUGCGCCCGUCACAAAGGUGACCAACGUCGCCAACGCUCUUGUCCCCGACCAGGAGAAAGCCAGGCCUCACCAUGUCGUCAAGAAUGGACGCAUAACCGGGUUCAAGAACCCCUAUCCCAGCUACAGGCCACUCGAGCCCAUGAAGCACAUCUUCAUUCCUAUUCUCACCGGCAAGAUGAAGUUCCCAACCGUCCCUGACCCGCUGCCCAUUCCUCUGGUCAAACCAACCUUCCUCCCCAGCCGUGACACCCCCAAACUCAGGGCCACUUGGCUGGGCCACGCCGCCUACUACGUCGAGUUCCCCUCUGGCCUGCGCGUCCUCUUCGACCCCGUCUUUGAAAAGUCAUGCUCGCCCUUCCCUCUCGAUCUCUUCUCCAACAAGCGCAUCACGCCCGCGCCCGCCUCAGCGGCAGACUUGCCCUACGUUGACGCCGUGGUCAUCAGCCACUCGCACUACGACCACCUGUCGCACCCCACAUCGCUUGAAGUCCAGAAGCAUUUCCCCCAUGCGCAUUUUUUCGUCCCUCUCGGUCUCGAAAAGUGGUUUCGCAGCUCAGGGACCGCAAACGUCACGGAGAUGGACUGGUGGGAGGACGUCAAUGUCCACAUCACCGUCCCGCAGGUCAACAACGACGAGAGCAGCUCACAAAAGCCCUUGACGGCGACAUUCUCGUGUCUCCCCGCGCAGCACACCUCCGCCCGCACGCCGUUCGACAGGGACACCACCCUCUGGGCCUCGUGGGCUGUCUCGUCCGGUGGGAGCAGCGUGUUCUUCGGCGGCGACACGGGAUACCGCGCCGUGCCUGGGCACUCUGUCGAUGAGGACGAUUACUCGCCCACGCACGACCAUCUCCCGCGGAACCCGCAGUUCAAGAUGAUCGGAUACCACAAGGGGCCCUUUGAUCUGGGGCUGAUCCCCAUUGGCGCGUACAGUCCUCGCGCGUCGUUCAGCCCGGUACACGCGAAUCCAUACGAUGCCGUGGAGAUUUUUCUUGACACGGCAUGUAAGCGCGCCAUUGGUAUUCACUGGGGCACGUGGCUGCUGACGACGGAGCCGGUGAUGGAGCCGCCCGAGCUGUUGCGCAAGGCUUUGGCGAGACGAGAGGUGCCCGAAGAGGGCGUGUUUGACGUCUGUGGGCUGGGUGAGAGCAGGGAGUUUUGA